AUGGAUGCUAAGAUGGCACAAUUCAUAGAGGCCACUACUAACGUGACUCGCAAUUAUGAGGAAUUGAGGGAUCUUAUGGAGAGACCUCAUGUUGCGACUGAACGACCUGAGUUGAUGUUUGAAGAUGUUUCUGUGGGGCAACCUCGUCCCACUGUUGCUAUGAAUUUUGCUGGGCCAAAUUUUAAUGAUCAACAUGCUAAUGGUUAUCAUGUUCAUAAUCAGGGUCUGCAUGGAAACUUUCCACCACCACCAUACAAUCAUGGAGGACCACAUCUUAUUGUUGGGGAUAUGAUGGGGAAUAUCCAUACGAGGGGGAACCCUAAAGUGAAAGAGCUGGAGAUAGAUCGCAACGAGGAUAUGUAUUCAAUGCAUAACAGUGACUUGAGUGCUCAUGUUGAUGAUAGAAAGUACCGUCUAUUGGAGGAAAGAUUGAAAGUUCUGGAAAGGCAAGGUGUUUUAGGAAUGGACAUUACUAACUUAGGACUGAUCUUAUUACCAAAAUAUGUAUGCUUAUUCCGAGGACAAGAGGAUGCUAAUGCACUUUUUAAGGAUAGACUAGCUAAGGCAUCUCUGGAAUGGUAUACGCACUUGGAGAGAACAUACAUCAGAAAUUGGAGGGAUUUAGCGGAAGCAUUUGUGAAACACUACCAAUACAAUAUUAAUAUUGCACCAAAAAGGACCCAAUUGCAAAGUUUGACCCAUGGUCAAAAUGAAUCAUUCAAAGAAUACGCUCAGAAGUGGCACGAGCUUGCUGCUAGGGUUCAACCUUCAUUGAUGGAGAGAGAACUGGUUGACAUGUUCAUGGGUACCUUACAAGGUCCGUACCAUGACAGAAUGGUGGGUAGGACUUCUAUUGAUUUUUCCGAGUUGGUAAUGGCUGGAGAGAGGAUUGAAGCUUGUCCCAAAAUGGGUAAAAUUCAGUUGGCCAAUGCUGGUAGUUUUACAAGUGGGGUUGGUAAGAAGCCGUUUAGUGGAUACCCUAAGAAGAAGGAGGGUGAACCAAGCGUUGUUUAUGCUCAGAGGGGUAGAGGAGGCCCACAAUAA